GUGUCGUGAGAUGAGGAGAAAAAUAAUGAGAAUCUCUCUCUCACACACACUUUCUCUAUCUCUGUCUGUAUUGUGAGGAGUUUGCAUGCCUUGCUUUAGUGGGAACAACUAUUUAAUAUGCUAAGGGUGCAUGUUCAAUGUUAUGUAUGUGUUACAUGUCAAUUAGUUCCUUGAAUGUAGGCUACUGUAUAUCCUUUCAUGUGGCAAUUACACUGACAUUCAAGGAAAUAGAUCCUUUAUUUUUUAAAACGUUUGUUAGAUAAUAGAUACGGCUUUCGUAACGCAUUUGGGCGACUGUAGAAGAGAGUCCAUCUGUUAACAUGUCUGUCUGCAAUGGCACAAGUAGCCUGCAGUCACCUGCUGCGCUGAGUGAUAGAAGACAGACACACUCCUAACCUUAUCUAUGAACCUGCCUGGGGGUGAUGAGGGGAGUUGUUUCAAGCAGCCUAACUGGCCAAAUGAUCACAUAUUUCUCCAUGUCCAAUGGUUUGAAAGAGUCUAUUGGUAGUAGAAUUGAACUCUACAUUUUGUCAUAAAAGUGUACCAAAAUAAGACAAUUCUGUCUCUUUGAAGGGUCUGAGGGGUCUGUUGGUGGGGUCAGUUUUGCUUACUGUUUUGCUUACUGCUUACUGUCAAUGGAACAGGAUGACGUCUUCACAGACAGACACAUUAUGACAACAUCGAACAGGUCAACAAGGCACUGAAUAGUAAUUGAGUCCAGUUGUUCAGUGUCGCAUACAGCACUCUGACAGGGUACCAGCAUCACUGGCGAUAAAUAUCUAACCUGCCAAAUUUCGGAAAGGACAAUGCAUCGAAACAAUACCACUCCCACCACAUGCAAGGGGCAGGGAGGGAUCUUCUGCGUAAGUUAACUUUUUUGUUAUCUCGAAAGUCAUUCAAAACUUUAACUCCACAAUCUGCUUUCAGCCUUCUUGUUAUGACGAAGGCUUUAUUAUUUUAUCUCAGCAAAGUUGUUAUUGGCUAGUAAGUUGAUUGAUUAUAUGACAGAUUAUCAGGUUACCACUUGGCUCUAUCUGUCUUCAAGACUGAGUUUUAUAGCAGAGACCUGUCACAAAGCUAUUUGAAGUUGAAAUAAUGGCAAUAUGCCUUAUUGACUAUAAAAGGUAUGCUUACAGAUUUGCCAGAGACAAACAUUUUUUUUACUGUUUAAAAAAACAAGGCACAGAAAUGUUAAACUGAUGCAAUACUAACUCAUCUAUAUAACUUAUUUUAGUGUUCAAAUAAACUAAAUGGAGAGAGAAAAUCAAGAACCAGACAAUCAAGAAGUGGUAUUUUACUAUGGUUUGAACCGCUAGUGUAACAGAUGUCGUCUGGAGAAAGAGAGGAGGACCAAGGUGCAGCGUGCCUAAGCCUCAGAAUGCCAUCACCAUUGCGGUGUCAUCGCGGGUCCUCUUCAACAUGGAUAAGGAGCAGCAGAUCUACGAACAGAAAGGCAUGGAGGAGUACCUCAAGUACCAGAUAGAACACGAGACAGAGCCCUUCGGCCCUGGUCCUGCUUUUCCUUUCGUUAAGGCUCUGGAGGCAGUGAAUACUCGGCUGAGGGAGCUGUACCCAGAGAGUGAGGAGCUCUUUGACGUUGUGCUCAUGACCAACAACCACGCACACGUCGGCCUCCGACUCAUCAACACCAUCAACCACCACCGGCUGUUCAUUGAGCGUUUCUGUAUGACGGGUGGGAACAGUCCCAUUGGGUACCUGAAGGCUUACCACACUAACCUGUACCUGUCUGCUGACCCCAUGAAGGUCAGAGAGGCCUUGGAGGAAGGGAUUGCGGCAGCCACCAUGUUUAACCCACCAGAGAAGCGAACAGAAGUGUCAGAGACUCAGCUGCGGGUGGCCUUCGAUGGGGACGCAGUGCUCUUCUCUGAUGAGUCAGAGCGCAUCUAUAAGGCCCAUGGACUGGACAAGUUCUUUGAGCAUGAGAAGGCACAUGAGAACACGCUUCUUGACCAUGGGCCACUGAAGGGGUUCCUGGAGUCUCUGGGGAAGCUGCAGAAGAAGUUUUACGCCAAGGGCCAGCGUAUGGACUGCCCCAUCCGCACCUACCUGGUGACGGCGCGCAGUGCAGCCAGCUCAGGCACCCGGGCCCUGAAGACACUUCGAUCCUGGGGACUCGACACCGACGAGGCCCUCUUCCUUGCUGGGGCCCCUAAGGGGCCUAUGCUGGAGAAGAUCCGGCCUCACAUAUUCUUCGACGAUCAGAUGUUCCAUGUGGAGGGGGCUGCGGAGCUGGGGACUGUGGCGGCUCAUGUGCCCUAUGGUGUGGCUCAGAAACGGCCCCAGAAGAAGCUUGCUGUGGAGAACGCUAAAGACUCUAGCGCUGCCGCCAAGUAGUCUGUACCUCACCCUCUUCCCUAUCCCUGUGACAGCAAGGGACAAUAAAACAACAUUGUGAAUUUGAAGGAGACAGUGGUUCUGUAAGUCCUUUUCAGUCCCCUCUUAGUUGUCUGGGUAGUGAAGCCCAUAGUACAUGACAAUUACAGGGGCAGAGUGAGAGCAUGCUGUUUUCACGCCUGCCAUGUGAUCGAGGAUUCCUCACAAGAGGAGGCGCCAGUAUACCAAAAAGAAAAGCUUCAAUAUUGUCAUGCUUGCAGUAAUGUUAGUGCACUAAGCUAUCUGUAUCAUAGCAUUAAAGGUCCAAUAACAUUGUCAUCUAAAAAUCAACCUAAACAUAUGCUACACAGUAUUUAUAGAGUUUACAAGUCUGUGAUUUGUAGCAACAACAUUAGAUUUAGUUGACACAUUCAAAUUAUGUGAAACUCCAGAACCAAAACAUUUAAAAAUGUUAUAAGCGUACAGUGGGCUAUACCUGUAUCAUUUCAGCAUAUCACUUAGGUUGAAAACAUGUUUACUGAAUAUGGAUUUUAUGUUAUUGAUGUAAUAUUUUGCUCUGUUCUUUUGUUUCUAAUCUAGACACCUUUUAUUGUACAUUUGCAUGAUCCUCAUGCAAGUUACUGUAUGUGCUGUAAUGAGAUGGCAACCUAAAGUGCUAAUGGACCAUCUCCUCUCUCAUUAUAAACAUGAAUGCUGAUC